GUCGUUGGGGCUGUUCUGUGGUUGUCUCCGGGCGGAGGGCUCGGGCUGGUUUAGCUCUUCAGCUCUAAAUGCGGGGCAGGACUCUGGCAUGUCGACGGGAGCGGUGUUACGCGCGUUCCUGUCCGGGUGCGCGCGAAAGCUGACGCGGGAGGUUCCUUGGCCGGGCGCGCGCCGCCUCCCGCAGUUCCGCGCGCUCCAUGCGUGCCCGCCGCGGUGCGCGGGUCACAACAAGUGGUCCAAAGUGAAAGACAUCAAAAUCCCCAAGGAUGCGGCCCGCGCGCGACUCAUCGCCAAGUACACGAUGCUGAUCAGGGUGGCCGUGAAAGAGGGAGGAUCCAACCCAGAGUUUAACAUCACACUCGCACAGCUUAUAGAGCAGUGCAGAAGCAAAAAUCUACCCAAAUCCACCAUAGAGGCCGCCAUCAAAGGAGCGGAGAAGUCAAAGGCUGCUGCGCAGUGUCUGUAUGAGGCACGAGGACCUGGCGGAUGCUGGCUGCUCAUUGAGGUUCUGACGGACAACAACACACGGUCGCACAACGAGAUCAAACACAUCCUGACGAAAAACGGGGGGGUGCUGUGUGAUGGUGCACGCCAUAAUUUUGACAGGAAAGGUGUUGUGGUGGCGGACAGAGAUGGCAUCUCCACCGAGAGAGCACUGGAGCUGGCCAUAGAGUCAGGGGCUGAAGAUGUACAGGAGACUGAGGAUGAGGAAGCAAAGCCUAUUCUACAGUUCAUCUGUGACAUGAGCUCCAUGAAGGUGGUGCGGACAGCACUGGAGGCUCUUGGGGUGCACACACUCUCCACUGGGAUGGAGUACAUCUCCAACAGCCCCACUCCUCUACUGCAGCUCCAGCUAGAGGCAAGUGCUGUCCUGCUGGAGGCUCUCAACGAUUACCCAGAUGUGGUCAGAGUUUGGGACAACAUUCAGGCCCUGGAGUGAAACCUAAGGAACAAAACGUGAAGAAUGCAUCGAUGAUGUAGAUAUGACUAAUACUGGAGGCUAUGUGAGCCACAGCUGAAGCUCGGUGGGCAGGAAAUGGACCUCAGCGCACCAGAAACUUUGUGCUGACUGACUUCUCAGUGAUUUCCUCAAGCUUUUAUGACAUACUAUGGUGUUGCAGGUUAAAGCCUGAUUGUGUAUUUGUGCAAAUUCCAAGUUCAAAAUAAAGCAGUAUUUAUGAUCAGA